AGGAGAGGAGGAACCGGAAAAACAGGAAGCCUUUCAUACAGUGCAGCACUGAUCCUCCUUAAAACAACACAAAAUGGCUCAGUUCCAGGAUGUAUCAAAACAUUCCAGUCAGCACCCGAAGCCUGCAGGGUUGGUUUUGCAGUAUGGUACCGCUGGCUUCAGGACCAGCGCCAAACAGCUGGACCACAUCAUGUUCAGAAUGGGACUGCUGGCCACGCUCCGCUCCAAAAAGACCAAAGCCACCAUUGGAGUCAUGGUCACCGCAUCACACAACCCAGAGGAGGACAACGGGGUGAAGCUGAUUGACCCCCUGGGAGAGAUGGUGACACCGGCAUGGGAGGGCUAUGCCACCCAGCUCGCCAAUGCAGAGCAGGACGAUUUACUGACUGCUUUGAAAGACAUAAUAGAAAAGGAAGCCAUAGACAUGAGCCUGGAGGCUAAUGUUUUUGUGGGCAAAGACACCAGGAGCAGUAGCGCCAGCCUUUCACAGGCAGUACUGGAUGGAGUGUCUGCUCUUGGUGGUCACAGCAAAGACUAUGGUUUGGUGACUACCCCACAGCUCCACUACAUGGUUUGCUGUCAGAACACACAGGGUAAAUAUGGAGAGGCCACAGUGGAAGGAUACUACCGCAAACUGUGCCAGGCUUUCAUUCAGCUCAUCAAGAAUGCGUCCAACUGUACAGAUGACCAGAAGCACCUGUCUGUGGACGGUGCUAACGGCAUUGGGGCGCUGAAGGUGCGUGAGAUGGAGAGUCACCUGAAGAGGGAACUGCAGAUUUCACUCUUCAACGACGGAAGCAAAGGAAAGCUCAACCACCAGUGUGGGGCCGACUUUGUCAAAGUGCAGCAAAAACCUCCGAUGGGUAUUAAUAUUAACCCAGGGGAGCGUUGUUGUUCCUUUGACGGUGAUGCUGACCGAAUAGUUUACUACUACACUGACUCUGAGGGACGGUUUCACCUGCUGGAUGGAGACAAGAUAGCUACUCUCAUCAGCACUUUCCUUAAAGAGCUUCUCACACAGGCUAGUUUAGACUUGAAGAUAGCGGUGGUGCAAACCGCUUAUGCAAACGGAAGCUCAACACGCUAUCUGGAAGACACGAUGAAGGUAAUAGUCAGGUGUACUAAGACUGGAGUGAAGCACCUUCACCAUGCAGCCCAGGCGUUUGACAUUGGUGUCUACUUUGAGGCCAAUGGCCAUGGAACGGUGUUGUUCAGUAAGAAGGCUGAAGAGAAGAUCCAGCAGCUCGCUGAGGACCCCAACUCCAACGACGAGAGCAAGAGAGCAGCUCUCCUGCUACAGAGCACUACCAACGUCAUCAACCAGACUGUUGGUGACGCCAUUUCCGACAUGCUGCUGAUUGAAGCUAUAUUAGCCAUCAAGGGUAUGACUGUUCAACAGUGGGACGCUAUCUACAGUGACCUGCCAAACAGGCAGCUUAAAGUCAAGGUGGCGGACCGCAGAGUGAUUGACACGACAGAUGCAGAGAGACGGGCAGUGAAUCCGGCAGGGCUGCAGGAGGCCAUUGACAGUUUAGUGAAGAAGCACAAACAGGCACGCUCCUUUGUGAGACCCUCUGGCACAGAGGAUGUGGUGAGAGUUUACGCCGAGGCAGAAACACAGGAGAGUGCUGAUGCCCUUGCACAUGAAGUCAGCCUUGCAGUUUAUCGCCUCGCAGGGGGAGUGGGUGAUGAACCCAAACCACUGCACUAGAAACACAUUCAUAUAAUAAUGACUCCUGUCUCAGUUGGUGCUUUUUCAGUGGAAUCCCAGCUGAUAACUUCAUUUUAUAGAGCUGUAAUUUAUCAAAAUUGCCUUUUUUUUUUGGUGAGAUGCCAAAUUAUUUUGUACUGCUAAUUGCACUACUUCCCUCUGCUUUUCUAUUCCUUUGUAUUUGUCUGUAAAUGUGAAGAUGGGACACACUGGAGGAAACAAUGAAGGGGUUUUAUGCAACUUAUGCAACAAGGUAACAGUACUCUCACCGUCUCCAACAGUCAGCCACGUGCCUAAGUAUGGUUUUCUAUUUAAUAUAAAUAAUCUUCUUAACUAUACAUACAAUUUUAGAAUAUUUAGUUACAUAGACAACACCAGUUGUCCUCACAAGUAAUUAUGAAGGUUUUAGAGAGGGUAUCAGUUUACUUUGGUUGUAAUGCAACUAAUGGAACUUUCUAUUAAAUGAAAUCUUUCUUGACAGUUACUUAAUUUCUUUUCUUUUCAAAACAGUGAAAUCAAAAGUUUACAUAUGGUAGUUGUGUCAGUAGUACUUCCUUGAAUAUUGGUGGGAAAGACUGUACUGCUUUAGUUCGAAUAAUGAAAAAACAAAAAAAAAAAGUGAGGAUGUGUGUAUAAUCAGACUGAAUUAAAUGACAACCAC